CAGUCUCGACUCAAGGCGGAGGACCGAGAGCAGAGCUUGCACAUCGCCAAUCGGGUCCACACGGUGGUUGUCACCAUGCCUGUCGGACACCGCCCUGGAUCUCUCCGCCAGGAGAACAAGAAACACAAAGGCAACGCCGGGCACCAAAGUAAGCGGGCCUCCAAAUCCGCUCUUGGAGCGGGACGAGUGGCAAACGAAAGGGGUGGUCCCAAAGCCGGGGUGAAGAGAGCAGCAGAGGCGCGAAAACAAAACCGCGCGAAUCACACCGUCCAGAUGCGCAAAAAGAAGCGGGAGGAAAUCUGGCUCCAGAAGAGGCUAGGCUCGGAAGCCGGCCCUCCUAAGCUGUGUGUGUGGGUUUCGUUGUCCACCAUAGCCACCCCUGACACCAUUCAGCAAGGCGUUCUUGACCAGUGUGCCCGCACCAGUGGCGACCCCUCAACUGGAGUUGGCGUGGUUAGCGCUGCUUUCCACCAGUUCAAGCAGCGUGUGACGUUCUUGACACCCGGGCGGGACCUGGCGGCGGUGCUGGAGUUUGCGAAGGUGGCUGAUCUUCUCUUGGUGGUUCUUCCCGUCCAGCAGGGAGCGGACUCGGCUAUAGACGAGGAGGGAGAAAUGAUGAUCACAGCCCUCAAGGCGGCAGGUCUGCCUGCUGUAGUUGGAGUAGUGCAGGGUCUUGACGUUCUCAAGGGCAAAAAACAAUCUGACAUGAAGAAGUGGGCGCAGCGCUUUUUCGAGACCGAGUUCGCUGGCCAGGCGAAGGCAGUAGACGCUUCCAACUCGAGUCUCUUGGCGCGCACACUCAGUACGACGGCGCCUCGGCGGAUACACUGGCGGGCGAUACGAUCGUACCUCCUCGCGGACAGCACGGAGGUUGUACCCGAGAGCGGGUCAAGGGGUGACAAGUUUGGCACGCUGCAUGUCCGCGGAUACAUUCGUGGCCGGCCACUUGAUGUCAAUCAAGUGGUCCACGUCGGCGAUGCUGGGCACUUCGGGUUGCGACAGAUCAACAGCGCCGCUGAACCGUUCCCGGUGAAGCCGAAAGACCGCGGUGGGGGGGCUCUGAAGGGGGAAAGUGCAGCACCGAGCGCCGGGGUGGAAGUCUUGGCGAGGGCAGACCCUGAACGCGACGACCUCAGCGUGGAGGCUACCGUAGAUAAUCUAGCUGGCGAACAAACGUGGCCGACGGAGCAAGAGCUGGCCCAAGCUGGAGGCGAGGAAGAAAUGGACGGGAUGGUGGACCAGGAAGUGAAGGGAAACGACGAAGAAAAGAGCGGUGGUAAAGUAUUACCUCAAGGCUGGUCUGGCUACCAAGCCGAGUGGCUUGAAGGUGCGGGCAGUGUAGAUGGAGAGAACGAGGAGGGCAGUGAUGAAGGGGAAGCAUGGGCGUUCGACGAGAAGGACGAUGACGACGAGUCGGUAGAUCCCAUGGAUGCCACCCUUGACGCGGCUAGACGCCAGGUUGCCGAGAACGAGGACACUCGUUUCCCAGACGAGGUGGAUACACCUGCGGAUCGGUCAGCUCGCGAACGUUUUGCACGUUUUCGGGCGUUGAAGAGCUUCCGAACAAGCCCUUGGGAUCCCAAGGAGAGCCUGCCCAAGGAUUAUGCGCGGAUUUUUCAGUUCGAGGAUUUCCCUGCCAUGCAGAAAGAUGUCCUCCGCGCUGGUGAAGCGAUGGAGCGCCAGCAAAACCAGAACCUGCUGGAGGUCAAAGAGGGCUCCGAGCGUGGAAGUCGACGGUCUUCGUUUGCCUCCUCUGUGGUUGGAACGUGUGGAGCCGGCAUGGAUGUCGACUCUGCGGCUGAUCAGGAUCUUACUGACCCGUCCGGAGUACUUGCGGCUGAUCAGGACCGCGUAAGCUACGUGCAGUCAGGGCAGUACGUCGAAGUCGUGAUUGAUUCGGUGCCUUUGGACGUAUUGGAGAAAAGGAAGGAGCUGCUUGGGGGUAGGGAUUGGCCUUUGGUUCUGUUCUCACUUUUACGGCAUGAGCACCGCCUCAGUGCCCUGCACUUCAACAUCAACCGCGACGCUCGCUUCGUCGAGCCUAUCCCUUCGAAGGAACCUCUCAUUUUUCAGUGUGGGUUCCGGAGGUGGGAAGCCAGACCAGUAUUCAGUCAAAUCAACUUGAAUUGUGACAAGCACAAGUACGAGCGAUUUUUGCGACAGGAUCGAUUCUCAGCGGCAAGCGUGUACGGUCCGACCACGUUUCAACCAUCUCCAGUGUUGGUCUUCAAGGAGGUGGCUGCGACGGGGAGCAACGCAAAACGGACAGUCUUAGUGGCGACAGGGACUCUCCUGGGCGUCGAUCCGGAUCGUAUCGUACUCAAGAAGAUAGUGCUGACAGGGUACCCGAUUCGCGUCCGAAAGCGCAAAGCUGUGGUGAAGCACAUGUUCCAUAGACCCGGAGACGUCAAGUGGUUCAAGCCGGCAGAGUUGGUCACCAAGUACGGGCUCACGGGGCAUAUCAAGGAGCCCGUCGGAACGCAUGGGCUGAUGAAGGUCAUCUUCAAUAAGGCGGUCAAGCAAAAUGACACCGUUUGUUUAAAUCUGUACAAGCGUGUGUACCCUAAGAUGGUCGCAGGAGAGGUGGUUGUGCGGUAGGGCGUGUAUGUGUCUUCCGGUUGUUCUGGGCGUUGAUUUCCAGACCCGUUUCGAUUUUGGAUGCCAGCCGGGGCCACCACACAGGAAACGAAAUGGCGUUUCUCCCCAUUCCUCCUGUUGUGCUUGCCUCUGCUUUUGUGACGAGAAUAUCUCAGCCGUUUAUUUUCCGUCGUCGACCGUGGAGUCGAAUUAGGUGCAUGUACGUGAGUUUUGUCGUUGUCCGCACAUUGUUAGGCAUGUUGUGAGAUAAACCCCCAGCUGUUGUGUUUUCGCCUCGAUUCGAGUCAUGCUGCAAAACGCGAAAAGGUUUUGAGGUUGUGGUCUGAAUCAGUGGGCAAACCAGCUCAUUUUACUAUGAAAAUGAAGGUGCCCGUGAGUGAUAUCGGUAGGCUUGGUUCCCGCAACAGCGCAGAAGGUCGUGUGCUUGCGCGAGUUGCUCAUUUUGACGAUCCUUGAACGUCCUACUUCGCACAACUUCUGCUGACUUUCACUCCACGUGACUCGGCAUAGGAUGUGCUUCGAAAUUCUAUUUAGCGGUUGCACUUUCGAGAAGUGCGAUCCUUGGCCACUUGUAACGAAAAAAGAGACGAAUAUUUGGUAUUGUUCCAUGAGUCGAUGCGUUACUGGCUUCACGAACUCAUGACUCAAGUCGUGUAUUGUCGACAUUCUGCGCUUUCUCCGAAAAGCCUCGGGAAACACUGAGGUACAGUAUUGGCCACUCCCGCUUUGCAUGGCAUGUUCGUGGUGAAAAGAGGCGAUUGUUUUGCUCAAUCCAUUCGAUGCGAGAAGAAUUAGGGUAAGGCGAGGUUAGAGGGAAGGGCAAGAUACAUCGACGACACACCACCGUAACUUUUCCGACACACAGUUAAUUGUCGUGACACCAUACUUCACUGCACUGGGCAAAACAUACAAUCUCGCUGCUCCUCCAGACACUUACUCCCCAGAUAUUAAUCCCCCUAGUAUCAGCCUACACUCGUGUCCGCGAGGACCUCGAAAGUCACAAGGUGGCGCUCAAAACGGGAGGAAAGCUCAGUUUUGCUAUUCCUCAGCCGCAACGGCCUCAUUUUGUGCAGUGCCAUCGGUUGCGCUGUCAGUUUCAAUAGCACCCUCCUGAGUUGCUUCAGUGCCCACACGACCUAAGAAUUCCAUUUUCAACGCCGGUUCCAGCAGCCAGCCACCAGAUGGCUUUUGCGCUCCAGGGUGGUAUUGCACCCGCACCACCUCUUUCUCCGAGCGACUCAGUAGUUCCUGGACGUGACCCCUGUAGAUGGCAGGCACCACUCCUUCGGUCUGCGUCGUUCGCUCGUAGUAAUAUAGCUGAGUGAGCUUGUGGAAGACCUUGUCUGCGCUCGCGCGGUACAGAUUUUGGAGCAGACCCACCACAAGCUUGU